AUGGCGAAGCGACAUUCCUUCACAGCUUCUGGUAAACGUGGAAAACCAUCUUUACGUGCGAUCUCCUCGCCCUCGGCAAUGAACACCCUCGCAUCAUCUUCCAAAUGUCCGAGCAGCAUGAAUUGCAAUGACUGGGAGCAGUUCAUGAAAAGAACAUGCAACUACGUAUGGACAAUGUCCUGCGCGUUGAACGGAAACUAUGUUGCUGUCAUCGCCAUUGUAGUCGUCGUCAUCCUCAGUUUACUUCUCCCUGAUAUCACGCAAAAAUUCCACGCUACACACGAACUCAAGAAUAUGAAAAAAGUUUUGGCUAAAAUGUCGAAUGAAGUGAGACGUGCGGAGGUAGCAUGCCUAACAGUGGCUGAUGAGAUCUGUUGCCUCCACUGCAAUAUGCACGACGACACUACGGGAACUUCAACCGAAAAACUACAAAACCUCUCAAUCUGUACCAACUAUUGCAUGCGAACUACUCAAUCGGAACCGGUCCAAGUUGAAAAAAAAAUUGGUUUCCUUCGGCGCCUUUUCUACCCCAAUCGAAACACUUCCCACAAGGAAAUCGCCAUCAUGUCAUAUGUGUACACCGAUUCCUUCGACGCCAACAAACAAAGUGAAGAUCAGCAAGUGAUGUGA